GGGGGGCAUCGGAAAAGGUGGUGCAAUUCACCAUGGGAGCAAACGCGGAGCAGCGCCUGCCCCGCUUCAGAAAAUGCGGAUCAUGCCAUCAUACAUGAUCUAUAAUUGAUCGUUGCUCACACUUUAUGGCACCCUCUCAGAAUUUCGUUGCUUUGUCUUUACCAUUGUGGAAUCAUGCCCUCCAUCCGCCCUGCCUGGGAUCGACUCGUGCGCUUUGUGCCCCGGGACAGCCAGCAUAUCCGGUACGGAGAACCUAUCCUAGCCGACCCCGCGGAGCUCAACAAUCUCGAUGAGCUGGCCGAUGGUGGAAAAUUAAAGGUCAAGGUCCUAGAUGGGGAGACUCCUCUUGCUGCAACGCCAACUGGAGAGAUUGCCACGGUGGGCAAGCUACUUGGUCCGCUCGACGGUCGCACGGUUCCAAUCAUCCGAUGCAUCGGGUUGAACUACAAAACACACAUCCUCGAGACCGGUCGCUCCCUACCGUCCUGUCCCACCAUCUUCACCAAACCCGGCCCCUCCGUAGCCGACCACGGCGAGGACAUCCCCAUCCCAGUCAUCGCCCAGGGCCAAUGCGACUACGAAGGCGAGCUAGUCGUUCUCAUCAGUCAAGACGCCAAGAACGUCUCUGAAAGCGAAGCAUUAGACUACGUGGCUGGCUAUACAGUAGGCAACGACGUCAGCGCACGCGACUGGCAGCGCGAGGCCGAAAAGGCUGGUCCUGUCCCCCAGUGGACAUUCAGCAAGUCCUUUGACAAGUAUGCCCCGCUCGGGCCCUGCCUUGUUGCAGCCCAUGUCCUGGGCGAUGCGAACAACCUGUCUCUGCGGACAAUUGUCAAUGGCGACGUUCGGCAGUCGGCCAACACCUCGGAUCUGUGCUUCAGCGUGGCCAGGCUGGUGGCGUUCUGCAGCCAGGGGCAAACGCUGCAAAAGGGCUCGCUUAUCAUGACGGGGACGCCUGGUGGUGUGGGCCUGUUUAUGAAGCCGCCUGUGUUUUUACAGGAUGGGGAUGAGGUUGUGGUCGAAAUUGAAAACAUUGGACGGUUGAGGAACCGCGUUGUGUUUGAGAAAGACUAGACUGGGAUAGUUCUAUGACUUCAUAAAUACUGUUCGGAAACCGCCAUCCUUGCAUUUGCCAUAUCCACUCCUACUGGCGGCUUUGUUUCUGCGGCAAUCACGCCCUGUAAGGCCCUCGCGAAUGUACUUAGAUAUUUGCAACCCAUGGUAGAGGAUUUCCUCUGCUUAUAAAGGGUUAAUUUAAUCUAAGCGGCGAGGUCGGAUUGGUGGCGGACACCAGUUGGUCUUCACCCGUGGUGAGGUCCUAGCAAGUAACGAGAUGUUGAGCUACAAAGGAUGUAUAAAAGAGGGAGGAGAAGCUAUAUACUUGUCAUAGUGGGUGCCUCAGGCAGCCCCGACAGGAAGCCGCACCACUGCUGCUUAGGAUCUAACCUAUUUAGGCCUAACCCCUUUAAUUAUUUUCAUGGCGCGACUGAAAAUUCGAGGCGUGGUCACCUGCAACCACCACUGGCAGAGCAGAGAGCGACUGUGAUUCAUGAAUUCCAAGGAAUAACUUGAAUCAGGACUAGCUUAGGAGAUUUCUUGCGAUUGCUUGCUUGGGUAUUUUGUUGUUAAUGUAUCUAUCUCCUCUUUAAGGGAGAAGUGUUUCUUAGAGGCGAAUAAUGAAACAUUACAAUACAG